AUUGCAGAGUUUGGAGUUCUUGAAAAAGAAUGCACUGAAACUGCAGACCUGUUGAUGUUUUUUGAUGACUUAUUCGACAGUGUCAAUGGCAGCUUUAGCAAACCAAAAGGGGGGAAAAUGUAUAGGACAGCAGUGACACCAACAUCGCCUCAUCAAAAAUUAUGGAACAAAACCCUUCCAGUUUUAAGGAGCAUGAGGUUUCAUAAUGGAAUUAAUCAUGGGAUAGUUCCAUCGUUGUCCAGCUGGAUAAAAACAGUAGAAAACUUCAAAAGAAUUUUAAUUUAUUUGAAUUCAAAAGGCAUAAAUUCAUAUAUAAAGUUAAUCAUAAAGAUUAAUUUAGAUUUAAAUUUUUUACAAUGCACAGAACACCAAAUUCAACUAAAAGAAUUCAUAACAGAGAAAUGUGCAGUAUUUUUUAUUAAUAAUUGGUGCAAAAAUAUCAAUCAUUUAAUCAAUGGCAAAAUUCAUUUUGGGAUAGAAAUGAUGAAAUGAAGGUAAAGGCUCAUAACCAUUUUUCAAAAAAUAAAGAUAGGAAGAGAAAACUGUGUGUGGAUCACUGAUGAAUGUCUGA